AUGACUCCCGAAAAACACACUAAUAUAAUAUCUCUUCUUAGAGCAGCCAUCAGUAUGCUUCGAGCAUUGAUCACUUCUGAACCGCGACGUCGAUCUCGACGAGCUUGCGAUAGCUGCAAACUGCGCAAAAAGAAAUGCAAUGGAGAAAGUCCAUGCAAAAGCUGUGUUCAACAACAUAGAGAGGCGGGUUGUCGAUUUUCACGCCGGUCUGCUCGUCUACUGAAGUCCUAUCCUAAAGACACACCGAUUAUUUCUAGUGAACCGGAAGCUCCAUGUAUGCAAAAUGCCGCGAAUCAUUUGAUAUGCUCCCCUGGGAGCAUUGGAAUGGACUCAGAACAGCAAGUUCAAAACGAGGAGAAUGUAACAGUUCCGGUGCCUAAAGCGGCGAGGCUUCUUCGUGAUGGAGAAGGGAGGUUUGUGUGUAUUGGUGACUCUGCCGGUCUGUCUUUUCUACAGAUUGUGCGUCGUAUCAUAGCAUCAUCUGCCGGUCCAUGUCAGUUUACCGAGGAUCAUUCACGACACUUUAUUCUCGAGGCUUUGCAGAAAAAUACGCACAUUCAGCACGGACCCCUCACCGCGCCACCGAGUCAAGAUAAAGCUCGGGAGCUAGUUCAUCAGUUCAUACUAGUGACCAAUCCUUUAUUGGAUCUCUUCAACCUGGAAGAUUUCUACCUACGAUUGGCUACUUGGGUGUCUAAUCCGUCUAGCCAUGAAGCUGGUGUCAGCGCCAUAUUCUACCUAAUUAUCGCCAUUGGCACACAAGUUUCCAAUGUCGACCAGACUUUGGCAGAACAAUACUUUGGCAGCGGCUAUCAAUUGGCCUUUUCAACCCUGCACGAAACGCCUAGCAUCCAUACCGUCCAAUCUUAUAUCUUGAUUUCCGUGUACAUGCUUGGUGCGUGCAGACGCAAUGGUGCAUUCGUCAAUCUUGGGAUCGCUGUACGCGCAGCAUACGCCGUGGGGAUUCACCGCAAAGAAACUAAUACUUUUUUCAAUAAACAAGAGCGACUCAUCAGGGAGCGAGUUUGGAGAAGUCUCCGCAUGAUGGAUUUAUUCCUUAGUGCUUCCCUAGGGCAACUUCCAGCUACGUCAAGCGAUGAUAAGAACAUAAUAUCAGACCAGAUACCAUCUGCUGCGGUGACUUCUUUGUGUCAGAUCUUCGAACAGAUUUUGACAGGGGUUUAUACGAAGCAAACUAUAUCAGUCGGCCAUGCCGAAAGAAUAUCUGACCAGCAUCGAGCCUGGGCUAGUGCUCUGCCUAUAGAGCUCAGGAUACAUACAGAGAGAUCAGACGGCAAGACCCUAGAGGGUAGCCUUGCUGCUAGCCACUUACUCGGAUCAUAUUACUGGUCGAUCAUUCUUCUGACCCGGCCUUUUCUCGUUUACCGCCUAUCUCAUCACAAGAGGAACAAAACCGACUCGGCUUCCUCUUCUGGAUCGUACGAUGACAGCGCUCGGAUCGACCUUUUUGCCGACGCGUGUGUCUGCUCUGCGCUGCGAACCCUCGAUGUGAUUGCCGGAUUAUGCCAUUUCCCCUCCCUUCCACGACGCUUACCAUUCCUCAUCAACUCUGUCUUCAACUCCGCCAUCGUUCUCGGUGCUGCAUACUUCGCUGAUUACGACAAAUUACUACCACUCAAAGAUGGCAUGAACAAAGCGGAAGUUUUUUUGGACCUAUUCGUUCCGCACGAUCCUCAUGCAUGUCGCCUUCUCCAAAUAAUAAAAUAUCUUCGUGCUGCCGUGCUGAAAUAUGUGAAACGCCGGAAUCACCAAUGGAUAGAGGAAAGCAGUGGACAGGUCGAUCAAACCUUUGGCCAUGUAGGUGGUAAAGGAGAAUAUUUUUUCUUGACACCUGGUCAGCAUGAGCGUGAUAGUCAUACCCGACGCUUUAAUAUCCAAGAUCAACAACAACAAAGAGAUCAAGCUGCACCCGUAGCUUUUCUCGACCAAUCAGGAGCUAAAGUCACCAGCACAACAGAUACUCGGUCUCCAUAUCUCACAACACAGCCGUCACUUGCUGCAUCUGAUGGCCUGCCUCUCUCAAGUCACGAUUUCUGGGAUGCUCUUUUCAGCGUGUCAGAUGGCAAAACAACUCUAUCAUACGAUGCUCUGGCCACCAAUGGAAUGUCUGAUAAAUGCCCUCUUGGCUUUAACAUCCCAGCUGAACAGUCUCCGUUUUCUGAUGAACCGUCGCCUAUUUCAGAUGUGACGCUGCCUGGCAAUAAUUCGUUUUCUUUGUUGGAGGAUUACCUCCGACUCCUGGAGAGGGAAUCACUUUCUGCGUGA